AUGCCGGAGAUGGAAAGCAAAGAGAUCGUUGCGGUCACAAAUGACAACACCACCGAAGUUGACAUCGGCAAAGUUGACCCCGCCAACGAUGUCGUGAUCGAUGAUGGCGUACGACGUGCUCUCAAGUCCCGGCAUCUUCAAAUGAUUGCGCUGGGAGGAGUAAUCGGUCCUGGGACGUUCUACGCCACGGGGUUCGCUUUACAGUAUUCUGGACCUGUUGGGUCGCUAAUUGGUUACAUUAUCAUUGGUCUUGAUGUACUCCUUGUUACUCAGUCCCUAGGAGAGAUGGCUACGUUGUUCCCUACUACCGGCUCUUUCAACGAGUUUGCUGGCCGUUUCGUGGACCCUGCUCUCUCGUUUGCUCUUGGAUGGAACUAUUGGUAUAUGUGGGGAACGAUAUUGGCAAACGAAUACAACGGAGCUGCGUUGAUCCUCAGUUUCUGGACAGAUAAAAUCCCCAAUUAUGGGUGGAUUCUAAUCUGCUGGGCUUUCUUCAUGGGCACUUCUCUUCUUGGAGUCCUGGUAUAUGGAGAGAUGGAAUUCUGGCUGGCUUCCUUCAAGUUUGCCGUCACCCUCAUAUUAUACAUUGUUGCAAUUCUUAUCGACACUGGAGCCAUUGGAAGCGGUGAUUAUAUUGGCUUCCGUUAUUGGAAAGAUCCCGGUCCCUUCGCAAAUGGUAUCAAUGGAUUCGGCAAAGUCCUGGUUCUGGCCGCCGUCAUGUACUCCGGUACUGAAGCUGUCGCGAUCACUGGUGGAGAGUCUCGAAAUCCCAAGAAGGAUAUCCCCAAAGCAUUGAAACAAACCUUCUGGCGUAUUCUUAUCGUAUAUGUGGGCAUGGUCUUCUUCACCGGAUUGAUUGUUCCUUCCAACUCUGAGGGCUUGCUCAAUGCCACAUCAAAGUCAGCGUCAUCUCCCUUUACCGUUGCAUUGAACCAGGCCGGUUGGGGAGGCGCUGGAAACCUCAUCAACGCUAUUAUUGUUGUCACGCUUCUGUCUUCGAUCAACUCAGCAAUCUAUAUUGCAAGUCGAUGCAUUUACGCUCAAGCAAAGGUUGGACGAGCGCCAUCAAUCUUCGCGAAAACGACACAGAACGGGGUUCCGGUUAACGCCAUCGUUUUCACUAAUCUAUUUGGAUUGAUCUCAUUACUCAAUAUUUCGGAAAAUGCCGGAAAUGUCUUCAACUAUCUGCUUUCCAUUUCAGGCUCGGCAGCAUUCAUUGCCUGGGCUUUCAUUGGACUGACACAUUUACGUUUCCGCCAGGCGAUGAAGGCGCAAGAAAUGCCUGUUUCAGGGCUUCCCUUCAAGUCGUUUGGCUACCCAUACGUGCCCUGGACUCUGUUCGUCGCCAACAUCUUCCUUGUCCUUAUCUCUGGCUACACGACGCUUUUGCAUCCUUUUGAUCUAAAAGGAUUCAUCUUUUCUUACCUAGUUAUUCCCAUCUUCAUCAUACUAUACAUCGGAUGGAAGCUAUAUCAUAAAACUAAAUGGGUCAAUCCUGCUGAGGCAGAUAUCACCAAUGGUAGAAGAGAAUGGCUGGGUGGCAUGGAUGAAGAAGAGUCUCACGGAGGGUUCUUCAGGAAAGUAAAGAAUGUCGUAGUAGGCUAG